AUGCCAGGAACUUACAACAAGACAAAGCUUGCUGUUGAUGAGUUCCUCAUCCAUGCAAAUCUUCGAGCAGACACGAUCUAUUACGACAAAUGGUAUAUUAUGUGGCGAUCUGUAACAGGUAGACUUUACAAUUUCAUAUCUGCCAAUGGCAACAUAAGAGAUAUCUUUAAGCCCGCCCACAGCAUUGCGUUUGAUGUAACUCUUGCAAACUCGAGAGAACGCUUUCCAUCUAUUUACGGUUUGAUUAGAGAUUGUAACGCCAUCGAAGAAGUCCUAUUCGUCGUUAGAAUUAAUGAUGGUCCGACAGAAUGCACAUCUUAUGAGCACUGGGAAUUGAUGGAAUUAAACAAAGACGGAACUCGGGUGUGCUAUGAGAGAUAUUUAGGAGAGUUUAUCGAACUUUGCGACGAGGCAGAUAUCCGACACCAAAGGCUCCAUCGUGAUGAAGGUGCUAGAAAGGCUAACAUGAGACGUCUCGGAGGUCCAAGAGUCAGACUCAUUAGGUUGACAAGAAACGGUGUACGAAUUUGA